AUGGCACCUCGUUUCUUCGUCGGCGGUAACUGGAAGAUGAACGGCACUCUCUCGUCGGGCAAGGAGCUCAUCUCCACGCUCACGGGCGCCAAGCUCGACCCCAACACCGAGGUCGUCAUUGCUCCCCCUGCUCUCCACUUGCUCGGUGCUCAGCAGGCCCUUCAGGGGUCCAAGAUCGCUCUCGCGGGACAGAAUGCGUACCACAAGGCUAGCGGAGCUUUCACGGGAGAAAUUUCGGUCUCGCAACUCCAGGACGCAUCGAUCCCCUGGGUCAUCCUCGGCCACAGCGAGCGUCGUACCCUCUUCCACGAGUCCGACGCCGACGUAGCAGAGAAGACGGCUGCUGCCCUCUCCUCUAACCUCUCCGUCAUCCUCUGCGUAGGUGAGACCCUCGAGCAACGCGAGGCCAACGAAUCUAUCAACGUCGUCGUUCGUCAGCUUGACGCUGUCCUGUCCAAGGUCCCUCAAGACUGGAGCAAGAUCGUCGUGGCUUACGAGCCCGUCUGGGCUAUUGGCACGGGCAAGGUUGCCACGCCCGAGCAGGCCGAAGAGGUUCAUGCUGCCAUCUACAAGUGGGCGGGAGAGAAGCUGCCCAAGGGCCAGGCAGAGGACUUGCGCGUCAUCUACGGUGGGAGUGUGGCGGCAAAGAACUGCAAGGAGCUGGCGAACAAGCCUAGCAUCCACGGAUUCCUUGUCGGUGGAGCUAGCUUGAAGCCCGAGUUUGUCGACAUUGUCAACGCUAAACUCUAG